ACAAAAAAGUCACAGAAUCAAGUAAUAGUACACACAUUAAAACUUAUUCAGAGUUCCCAUAUUCUCUUCUCUUUGACAUCAAACUAUAAGCAAAAACAAUGGAGUCACCAGUCACAGGAUUAAGAUGCAGAACAACAGGACCAUCAUUUCUAAAGCCAAUAGAUACAAAGAGGAAAGCCAUUGAAGAGUACGAUAUGGUGCCUGUGGAAACAGAACCAUUGAGUCCAACUGCUCGUUUGUUUCACGAUCCAAAUUUUAAUGUCCAUGUCGUUGCUAUUAUGGCCACAAAAACUCGGAUUUCACCACAUCCUGUGAAGGAGAAGUUGGAGCAUACUUUGCUUAAGCAUCCUCGUUUCACUAGCUUGCUGGUUGUGGAUGAAAAUAAUUCAGCAGGCAUGAAAUGGGUGCAAACAAAAGUUGAUUUGGAGCAACAUGUUAUAGUACUAGAAGUGGACGAAGGUCAACUGACCGAAUCAUCAGAAAAGUUCGUGGAGGAUUAUAUUUACAACCUUAGCAAAACCAACCUUGACAAAUCGAAGCCACUUUGGGACCUUCACAUUAUCAAUGUCAAAACUGGCGAUGCAGAGUCCGUAGCAUUGCUCCGAGUUCACCAUUCUCUUGGUGAUGGCACCUCUCUUAUUUCUCUUUUACUCGCGUGUACUCGCCAAACUGCUGAUCAUCUCAAGCUUCCUACUAUUCCAACCAAGAAACGGAGGCCUACUCCUUCAGGUUAUUCAGAAAAGGAAAGGUCGUUCAAGUUAUGGCAGUAUUUGGGAAAAUUUUGGCUUUUCAUCAACAUGAUACUCAAUACUAUGGUGGAUCUUUUGAUGUUCAUAGCCACAGUCAUCUUUUUUAAGGAUACAAAAACUCCAAUGGCGGCUCCGCCUAAUUCUGCGUCUAACGGGAGACGAAUAGUUCACAGGAUAAUCAAUUUGGAUGAUUUGAAGUUGGUGAAAAAUGCUAUGAAUGUGACUAUAAAUGAUGUUGCCCUGGGAAUAACACAAGCUGGUUUAUCUAAAUAUCUCAACAGGAGAUAUGCCGUUGGUAAGGAAGAUAAGGGAGCCACUGAGAGAAACAACAAUCUUCCCAAGGACAUUCGACUACGAUCAUGUCUUAUUAUAAACCUAAGACCCUCUGCAGGAAUUGAAGAUUUAGCUGAUAUGACGGAGAAGGGCACAAAACAAAAGGGAGGUUGGGGAAAUUGGUUUGGUUAUGUGCUCUUACCUUUCAAGAUUGCAUUGCGUGAUGAUCCUUUAGAUUAUGUUAAAGAAGCAAAGGCAACAGUAGAUCGCAAAAAACGCACAUUUGAAGCUUUGUUCACUCUGAUGUUAGCUGAAUUACUAGUCAAGAUAUUUGGUGCCAAGGUAGCUACACUAGUAACUGUGAGAGCAUUCUCACAUACAACAGUAUGCUUCACCAACUUGGUUGGACCACAGGAAGAAAUUGGGUUCUGUGGCAAUCCCAUUACUUAUCUGGCUCCAGGUUCUUAUGGGCAGCCAAGUGCACUGAUGAUCAAUAUCCAAAGCUAUAUCAAUAAGAUGAUCAUCGUCGUAUCUGUUGACGAAAGUGCUAUUCCUGAUCCACAACAGCUGCUUGAUGAUUUCGAAACUUCUUUUAACCUCAUAAGAGAUGCUGUGAUUGAAAGAGGGCUUGUCAAGAAUCUGAAAUGAACAGGAAAUCCAACCAAAAAAGGUUAUAUGAACAUUAUUUAUAUUAUGUUUUAGAACUUUGCAUUCACCAGCUAUUAUGUAUUGCAACUAAUUCUCUCCACUAUUAUAUUCCUUUUAAUUUGAUAACGAAGACAUAGUACUAUAGUUUUUUUAUGAGAGUGCAUUUAAGUUAAUUUUAUUUAUAUCGAUAUAUUUCUAUAA